AUGCGGCCUGAUAGAAUAGUGUUGGCCAAGUUCCCUGUCCCUGGUGAUUGGUGGUUGCACAUAUAUCCAGCUCUUGUGAUUUUCGGGUAUUUUAUAUCGGUUCUUAUAGGUGAAGAUGAGCUCGAAAGAGAAAGAAAGGAAUGGUACUGGAUCGGUGGACGCAACGUAGUGAAUCAUUUAUUUGCUUACAAAGGUAUCUACAUAUUCGACGUAUUGUUCGGUUUAUUGAUAGGCCUACAAGUAUACGUUCGAAUGAAGCACGAGGAAUCGUUGUUACCCACUAGUAAUGGAGAACAGGACCGUAAUUCUCCCGAUCUUCUGAAACAAGUUGGGAAAGUUCUAAAAGUAUAUUCGAUAAAGUUUGUUUUGGUAUACCUGGUAUUAUGGGCCUGUUUCUUGUUCAUCGACCAUCUUUUCGUGUGGACGGGAGGAAACUGCGAUCUUUCUGAUACGAAAUCUGCAGAGAAAUGUAGAUCUUUAGGUGGGAGCUGGGUAGGCGGAUUUGAUAUCAGUGGUCAUUUUUGUUUCUUAACAAACAUAAGUCUAACUCUAUGGCAGGAGUUGAAACUCUUGCUGCAAUAUGCGAACCAACAUACGAUAUCCUGGAAUUCACCGUCUUCUAAAUAUCAAUGGAUUGUUUUACUGGUUUUGUGCAUUUGGAUAAAUGUGCUAACGAUAACAUCAAUAUACUAUCACACAUUCCCGGAGAAAGUGUUGGGAUGUGCCUUUGGGUAUUCCUGUCUAUUGGUAAUUUAUUAUAUCCUGCCUAGAAUCAAACAUGUGAACAAGUUCCUUACAUUAUAA